UCUCCCUUCAUGGGAGAAGAUGGCUGGCCCAGCUUUGAACAUCACAUCCUCACAGAGGCCAACUGAGUGGAAGUCAAACAGCACUUACUUCUAAGGAGAGAAAAUUUCCCAGAAGUCCCAGACACACCUCUCCUUUGUCUCAGUGGUUGCUUAAUCCAAGUCUGUGUAUAUAUAAGUAGAGCUGGAACAUAACUGCAUCAACUACCACUAAGUGUGGAUAACAGGAAACCUCAUCAUUUGAGACCAGCCCUUCACAUUUAAAAGUUAGAAUCCUGAAAAAUGAAGCCUAAAAUGAAGUAUUCAACCACCAAAAUUUCCCCAGCAAACAUGAACAGCUCAGCAGGCAAAGCCUUGGUAAAAUCUCCCAAGUUGAGAAAAUCCCAACAGAAGGCUGAAGAAGUUGGCUCCAUGUACUUUAUGCAGCUACGCUCUGGCCUUAAAAUAGAAAAGAAGACCUGUUACUUUAGGAAAGAAACCACCAAAAGGCAUUCACCAAGAACAGCUAAAAAGUACAAAGAGCAACAUCUGGUAUUCGCUGCCUGUCAGGAGUUGGAGCACCUUGGACAGUCUGUGAAGAGCUUCGCCUUCAGUAAAACUCGGGUCCAGAAAUAUACUACAGUAACUGGUCUUCCAAGUAUCAAAGAACAUUCUGCUUCCCUGAGUACAUACAAGGAUCAAUCCAUUACUUUUGUUUUCGAGGAUGGAAAUUAUGAGAUCUAUGUUGAUGACUUAGGAAAAGACCAAGAGAAAGACAAGGUGUUACUCCGUUACUAUGAUUCCCAAAUCCCCUCAAGUGAAACAGAUGGUGGUGGUGAUCAUCGGAAGUUAAUGGUAAACCUGAGCCCCACAGAAGACAAAGACUUCUUGCUGCAUGCCAACAGUAAGGAGCAUUCUGUGGAGCUACAAAAAUGUGAAAACCCACCAGAACAGGCCUUCUUUGUCCUUCAUGAGGAGACCUCCCAAUGUGUUUCAUUUGAAUGUAAGAGCAAUCCUGGAGUGUUUCUAGGAGUAAAGGAUAACCACCUAGCUCUAAUUAAACGAGGGGAACACCCUGAGGAUUCAAAUGAAGAGAAUACCAUAUUUAAGCUCUCAAACUUAAUGUGAUGGAAAGCUGCGGAUCUUGGGUUGAGUUGAGCUACCAUUGGAGAAAGGAUGAGCGAUAAAGAGACAGAUAACAUGAAGGGAAAUGGAAUGUUUAGUAUGCUGUGGAAUGUUUUCCUUAUUAUGUAUAAGGAUUUUUUUUU